UUCAACGGUUCGCCAGUAUAUGCCGAACUUUCACCGGUAACAGAUUUUCGCGAAGCCUGCUGUCGACACGGAGGCUAUGGUGGUGGUGGCGGUGGAGGUGGUGGUGGCGGCGGUGGCGGUGGCAGAAGACGUUCAAGGAGCUUUGGAUGGCCAACGUUGAAUAUGAAUCUGCUAAAGAAUCAUCCGAAAGUGCGCAUUGGCAAUCUUGGCUUAUUUGAACAGAAGAUGAAGCAGUUUAUGGGUAAUGGACCGGACAACUUUAUGCCAACUUAUCUGCACAUUCACAUAGCCAUCUCCGUUGAAGAUUGUAUGAAUGAAUUGGAAGACAGUUUGAAAUUGGUGAACAUCCGCUAA